CAACUGAUACUCCUGCCAGAUUUGAUGUCCUUACUCCCCUUCGCUGUGACGUCACGUCCACACUCGCUCUUUCCCCUCGCGGUGUAUCUCUAGGCCCGCCAAGCCGUAGAGCAAACGGACUGGUCCACUUCUCAUAUCUCUUCAGCUCCGCUCAUUACCUCUACUCACACCGUUCACACCCACUGUCGUUAACACUGAGUAUGCGUUUCGCACCUCCGGGAUCACUCGCCGCCGGCUGUUCAGCACCCCCGUCGGCUCCAAUUCGCCUACUAGCGCUACCGAGAGAGCUCUGCGACAUCAUCUAUGAGUACGCUCUCACCGAGAACGAGGGUCUCGUCAUGGUCGAGCGUCACAGGCCUAAUGACACAGGUCCGAAAAGCUUUAAAGGCUGCCGACCGUCAGAGCCCAGCGUCGAGUCUAAUCGGCUCAAAUACGUCUGUCGACAACUGUACCAGGAAACCAAGGGCCUCAAACUGGGACUGAACGAUCUCACUAUCCACUCUGAACGAGAGGUUGAGAACUUCGCUGCCUUCCUUCACACCUGUUCGGUCGAUCAAGAGCAAUGUAUCCGGGAAGUCACACUGUGUUCUCGUGCUUUGACGCGGGAUUUGUGGGAGCCGGCUAUCGACAUUCUAGAACCAUACGACGCCUCUCACCCCAAGAUGAAGUUCAAUUUAUACCUCAGUGCCAUCGACCUGGGCUUGCGUGGCAGCGAGUGGAUUUGCGAAGCCGGGCUCAUACUGUAUGAGAAGCAUGGCCACGUGAAUCAUGCGUUGGUCCCUCCUGAUCUGUGCCAAUUGAUCCCUUUGUCCACCCUCCAGGAUCGACCCCAACAGAUUCCGGACAACAUUCGUAUGUUUCCUGGUAAAGGGCCCGGCUACAUCGUCAAGCCCGUGUUCACCAACAAAGAUAUGUCAACGUGGGGUUUGGCGCAGGUCAGGCUCUCUCAGGAAGGGCUUGAAAGGUGGCAACUCGAGGGCUUCUAGAGGAUCGAGGUUAGGUUGUAGAGGUGCCAAUUUGGGAUUGGAGGAGAGUCGACUCUGAUGUUGUCGUCAAAGCCCGAUCCCUUAUUGGUAUGUCUCCCGGAAGACCAUUGGAAUUAUGCAAUCAUUUGCUGACUAAACAGACCUAGGUGAAAAUCUCAAGAGCCCGGGACUUGCGCUGUGGGUUACAACUAUGGAUUGAAUCGGGGUUUCGCAACGAAACGAGGUGGAUCGACUAUCUGGGAAG